AGCCACGUAGAAUCACGAAUUGAAACGGCCUGACAGGAAAAUCGAAGAAUCACCAGGGACUCGCCCACUAAUCCACGCUCCGUACGCGAUGAACAGGCCAGACAGUGCGAGAUGGGAUGAGGCAGCAACAAGGCCAGGGAAUCCAGCUAUCGAUCGGGGGUGGGUCGUGGGAGCGGCGCUAACCGGGACGGGUUUCGCAGGCGUCUUUUGUGAGGGUAUUCACUCUUCUCUCUUCUCUUCUCUUUUCCCUCCUUCUGUGUUCUGUGUCUUUUUUUCUCGCUUGAGGGGUGUGUUUUCUGCGUGGUUUCGAUGGGUUGUUUGACUGGCUUGGCUGCCAUGUGAUUUGGUUUGGAUACGACUCGGUGUUAUUCGAUCCUGGCGAUGGGUGCAGCUCACACUCGACACAUUUCUAGCCUCGCGGCGCGACAGAUUCUGCUGAGAAACGGGCGAUGGAUGCUUCGACCGUCGGGCAAGGGGUUACGAUGCUUUUCGAAGAUCGCCCCGCGGUGGCAGGCGGACGAGUUGCAGCGGACACGGAACAUUGGCAUCAUUGCCCACAUCGACGCCGGCAAGACGACGACGACGGAGCGGAUGCUGUAUUACAGUGGGCUGACACGCCGGAUCGGCGACGUGGACGAAGGGUCUACAGUGACGGAUUUCCUACCGGCUGAACGAGCGCGGGGAAUCACCAUUCAAUCGGCCGCCAUCACGUUCCAUUGGCCGCCCGAGGAGGUCUCGACGCAGGGUGGUGGUGAAAGUCCCUCGACCGUACCGGAGCAGCAGCGGUCGGCUGUCUCUCACACCAUCAACCUGAUCGAUACCCCCGGGCACGCGGAUUUUACGUUUGAAGUGCUUCGCUCGCUACGCAUUCUCGACGGGGCCGUGUGCAUUCUGGACGGGGUCGCGGGGGUGGAAGCGCAGACCGAGCAGGUGUGGCACCAGGCCGGGAUCUAUCAGAUCCCUCGUAUCGUCUACAUCAAUAAACUGGAUAGAGAGGGCUCGGCCUUUGGCAGGACUGUGAAGGAGGUGGCCUCCAGACUCGGGGGGUGGCCGGCAGUGUGUCAGAUUCCCUGGUUGGAAGGAGGGAACGGCCGGUUUGUCGGCGUGGCGGACGUCGUCAAUCUCCAGGGCCUGCUGUGGAAAGAAGGCGGCGAUGGGAAGUCCAUCAAGGUGUUUGAUUUGAAACAACUCGAGACGGAGAACAGCAAUCUGGCAGAGGAGCUGAAACGAGCCCGGGUUGCUCUCGUAGAACUGCUCAGCGAAUACGACGAGGAUAUCGUGGAAAAGUUCCUGGAGCAAGACGAAGACCACCUCGCCGUGAGCCCGCUGGAUAUUCUCAACAGCAUCCGCAGAUGUCUGGUAGAGCAGGGCAACAAGAUCAUCCCCGUGUUUGCAGGCGCCAGCUUUCGCAACAUGGGCGUACAGCCUUUGCUUGACUCGGUCGUGAACCUCCUCCCCAGUCCCGUUGAAUCGCCAGACCCAGAGGUCAGCAUCGGCGGCAUCAAGGGAAGCUUGAAACAGUUACUCAGCGGUGACUUGAUCGUGGCGCAGAAAGAAACGACCGAGGUCAAGGGCAAGCAGAAGAAAAAAGCCGCCCUCCAGUCGGAAUCACAGAGCUCCAUUGAGAAAUUGCAGAGCUGCGCCUUGGCCUUCAAGGUGGUCAACGAUGCAAAACGCGGCGUUCUGGUCUAUGUCCGUGUGUAUUCCGGAUCUAUGGACCGCAAUUGUCUCCUAUACAACACCAACCUGAACGUCUCAGAGCGUGCCCCUCGCCUGCUCAAGAUGUAUGCCAACGACGCGGUGGAGGUGGAUUCGAUUCCUGCAGGCCACAUCGGCGUGGUGGUCGGCCUCAAGCACGCCCGCACCGGCGACACGCUGAUAUCCUAUGCAGGGAACAAGGCGACGCCUCCAGAACCCCUGAAUACCCUACAGCUGCGCCCGAUCGACGUCCCCCCCCCGGUCUUCUUUGCCAGCGUCGAGCCUCACAGUCUGGCCGAGGAGAAAAAAAUGCAAGAGAGCCUAGCUCUUCUCCUACGUGAAGACCCGAGUCUCCAGGUAACCGUAGAUGAAGACUCGGGCCAGACCCUGCUGAGUGGGAUGGGGGAACUGCACCUGGAGAUCGCUCGCGACCGGCUGAUCAAUGACCUCAAAGCCAAGGCUUCCAUGGGUCGCAUCGAGAUCGGGUUCCGGGAAAGCGUCACGGCGCAGUCGCCAGCCGUGACCAAGAUCUUCGACAAGGAGAUCGCCGGUCGAAAGGGCAAAGCGGGAUGUACAGUCGUCGUCGAACCUUUUGACGCUGCCAAGGCAGCAGAUACCCUGGGUCCGCCCUCGGAGCACAUUCUGGCCAUCAAAGUGCAGGACGGCAACCAGAUCAUCAUUCUCUCCCCGGGGCUACAAGUCUCUACAAACAACAAGGGCAUUGCAGAAAGCCCGUUGCUGCCCACGGGCAUCGAUGUGACGACGGCCCGCAACGCCCUGUACAACGGCUGCAUGGCUGCCUUGGCCCGUGGGCCCCAGUUCACCUUCCCCAUGCACAGCACCCGAGUCACCCUCACCCUCGACCCAACCGAGCAUAUCUUCGGCAACGAAACCACCUCUUCCGCGCUCUCGGCCGCCGCCCGGCUAGCCACCUCCUCCGCCCUGCGAGAGCUGGCGUCCACGUCCAGCACGGCCCUAAUGGAACCCGUGAUGAACGUCACCAUCAGCGUCGACGAAGACAGCCUCGGCGCCGUGGUCCACGACAUUUCUUCCUCGCGUGGUGGACAUAUCGUCUCUCUAGAUGAUGACCAGGGCGUCCCUUCUUCUGAAGAAGAAGCAACCCUCGUCGAUCCAGCAAAGGUAUAUGCACCUCCAGACCCAUUCGAGACAUCAUCAUCAUCAUCAUCAUCAUCCCUCGGCGCCUCACUCCCCGGCACAGCAAACCGCGCUCGCACCAUCACGGCCAAGGUUCCCCUCAAGGAAAUGGUGGGAUACCUGAAACACCUGCGCAGUCUGACCUCCGGCCGGGGCACGUUCGUCAUGCACAUUGACCGUUUCGAUACCAUGACUGCUCAGCGGCAGAAAGCCGUUCUUGCAGAAUUGGGAGGGUAUUCUUGAUACCUAUAUACACCUGGAUGAGGCCUAUAGUUAUCCUGUGACUGUACGAUAGAAAUGUAUAGUAAAAAGAUCCUAUAUUUAGCUAUGAUUCGAAUUUACCCUCAUUCAAAAUCAAAUGAAUCAAUAUACCACAUGUAUAGGCAGCAAAGACCAGGUUAAAUCCCAUCGCUGAGGUGAAAAAAAAAGGGGGGGAGGAAGCUAAACUCUACCAAAUAUCAAG